AUGAGCCGGGGGAUGGACGAGAAUAAUAAUUGUAUCACGACAGGUCGAACUGCUCCGGCACUCCUGGAAGACCUGACGCUAUAUGAACCAUGGCAGGGCCAGAAGGACGCUCCCAACCUCCUGGCCGACUCCCCUCUGCAGUUCACCCAUGUGCAGUAUCUCGGAGACUUGAUCCCACCCCAGAGCUGCAGGCACAAGUUUAGAUUGAAGCCCAGACAAUCGGACAGUCCUGCGUUGGACGAGAGGCCUGGUCCCGAGACGAUAUGGACAGUAGCCGCGUUCUGUCAAGUGUGUCGCCUGCAUCUCCACGUUAAAGUCGACUACACCAUCAGGUUCGAGGAUGCACCUUGCCCGACCGGGGAUCAUCCAUUACACCAUCUGGUGAGAUCGGAGUUUCAAGAGCCUCUAGAGAGGAAUGCCUGGAAACGUCAAAAUCCAAACUCGCAGGAUGAAAUCUACACCUACAAAUGCUCUUCCAAGAGCUGCUCUGCAAUGGUCACGGUGCGCUUGAGCGGGCCUGUCCUGCGCCCCAGUGAUGUUCUCACGUUGGUCGAUCCCAACCUUCUCCAACAAAGAACGAAUGAUGCGUUUCGAGCGAGAGAGGGGAAUACCGAGGGGAUGAAGUAUCCGGUGCCUGUCGACGUCUUGACCGAUCUCCGAGCUUACAUCAGAAAUUCGUGGAAGGCGCAGGAGGAUGUGAAAUAUCGAGCCAUCAGAGUCUCCAACCGAAGAUUUGUCGUCCGCUUCGGGCCGGAGGGCAACGCCUGCAAAGACGUGCUAGAGCACUUGGGCUUUCAGCUUGUGCCGGGUGAUUCCUGGAGGGUCCCAGAGCCAGAUCUCAAUGACUGUCAGCCAUUCCAAAGUCCCAUGAAUAUUUGGUUGGACAACGCCGAACACGAGUUAGGGGCCCUGAUCCUCUCGCGGCCGCCAGAAGAACGACAGCAGGUCCAAGAUCCUACUCCUCCAGUGCCUGCCGAACGAGAGCUUGCUCGUCUCCUGGGCUGUCAAGAUUGUGAGCAGUGCCAAUUCGAGAUGCCUUUCACAGCCCUCGGCUGUCCGAUGGACCUUUCAGACCAGCUGAUUGCAAGAGCAUAUCACUGGCAGGUGGGGACAGACCCUCAGAAUGCGCCAACGUACCUUAGCAGCCUCCAGGCCAUCGCAACACAACGUAGCAGCGAGGUGCUAGAGACCGAGGUCGUGCUGGAAACCUCAAAAGGCCGGUUCGACGCCGAGACCCUGGACAAGGCUUACAAAGCCUUCCAACUCCGCGGGCGUGAGGGCACGGUCAGUGAUGAGGAUAUCAUCGGUGCAUUCACAGCCACUCUAGCGGAUGCUCCCAGCCAUGAGCAUGAACUCAGAGAGUACCUGCGAAUAAUUGGCGCUCAACGGAAUAGCCAACUCAUCACCGACACUGCGCAAAAUGUCAUUGAGACCUACGAACAGGCCCUGACCUUCCUUGAUGCCGAGAGCACGACAGAAGACGAACAUAUUCAGGCCUUGUACACGGUCAAGACAAACGAUAACAAAGCGUUGGAAGGACAGGCCAAUCAGGCAGUCCGCCUAAUCGCAAACCAUCGCAGAAGCAGCAUGCUUGCCAAAUGGAUGGAGGCGGGUUUCGCGGCCGCACCGACAAUGGAUGCUGCCGACGGGUACCAGGCUCUUCAGAUCUCGAACCACGAUAUCGAUGAUGAGAUGAUCAUGCUCCAAUACAACAUGGCGGUCGAGGAAAAUCCUGGCAGUGUCGAUUUUUACACCAAGGCUCUCACUGCAAUUGCGAGAGGGCGAGGGAGCUCGACCUUGUUGGAUCAUGUGAAUAGUAGAGUUCGACAGGAGCCGCCCGAAGCUAUACUGGAGGAGCCCGUAGGACUGGAAAACAUCGGCAAUACGUGUUAUCUCAACAGCCUUUUACAAUUCCUGUUCACCAUGACUCAGCUGCGGCAUAUCGUUCUCAAUUUCGACGACUACAAAAUGUCGCUGGAUGAGGGGAGCAUGGAGCAAAAGCGGGUUGGCCAGCGCAGGGUCAGCCUCAAAGAGGUCCAGACAGCUCAAAAAUUUGUCGCAAGCCUGGCCGCCCUUUUCCGUGGCAUGAUUCAGACGCCACAACUUUCAAUUAGACCAGACCAGGAGCUCGCGCGGCUGACGCUAGAGACCGAAAGCGUCAAGGAGAAGAUGCGCCGGAGGUCAACUUUGAAGUCCGCAGAUCGACCGAGCUUGGGUGACGUCGCCAACAAACUCAUGCUCGGCCCGCUGACCCUGGCCGAGUAUGAGAGAAUUGGUGUCGACGUGGCCGGUGCGAUUGUUCAGUCUCCUGCGGAUGGUGACGCUGUCGAAGACCCUCUCGCCAACCUUGGUACUGCGCAGCAGGAAUCCGGCAACAGUCCAGACCAGACCGAGCAAGGGGACGCCGAUAUCGCGAUGGACGACAAUUCUAGCGAGGCCACGCUCGUGUCUAAACCUGACAGCGACCAAGUCAUGCUGGACGGUACAAGUGGACAGGAGUCGUCGGCGUUGGAUAAUAAGGAGAAUAUAGCCCCCAACAAAGCUGCGACUUCUCCCAAAGCCAAUUCCUCAUCGACGGCCGAACCUCUCGCUCCGUCGUCGCCAUCCAGGCUAAAUACCCAGGCUGGAACAGCAUCCCAAGAUGCCACUGCUGGAGACGACGACCUGACCAAAUCAGAGCCCCCGAAAUACCAACCUCCACCUGGUAAACCACCCCCAAUUCCUCCCCGGAAACCUGUCCAGACCAGCACUUCCACACUCGAAGAAUACGCCCGCCAACAAGAUGUCACGGAAGUGAUGAAUCACUGCAUCAUACAGCUGUCCUGUGCGAUGCGGCCAACCGGCUUUGACAAAUCAGGCGAGCAAGAAGACGAAGUGCAUGAUCUCUUUUUCGGCCAGGCAGUCAUUCAUUCACGACCAGAAAAAGCAGUGCCACAACCUGUGCCGUUUCUCAACAUCAUCACGCGCGUGUAUCACCAACCCACGGAUGUUUAUGCCGCGAUCGACAAUGAGUAUGACCUUCAGGACGCUCAAGAUGGCACCCAGUCAUACACUUCUAUCUCCCGCCUCCCCCCAGUCUUGAGCAUUGCUCUCGAUCGAGUAGCCUGGAACCAAGAGGCGAAGCGCCAGGAAAAGCUCAAUCAUCACGUCGAAGUCCCCGAGACAAUUUACAUGGACCGAUACUUGGAGGGCGGCGACGAAUCUGAACUCCUGCAAAGGCGCCAACAGACCUGGCAGAUCAAGAAAGAACUGGCCACGCUGUCUGCUCGUAGAGCUAUCUUGGAAGAGAAACGGGGGCAAUCUAAAGACUUGCCGGGGCUCUUGGACGACGCGAAGCUCGUUCUGGAAUGCCUAGCAGAGAUACCCGGUGAUUCUGUGUCGGAAGAUCUCGAAGUCAAUCCAGACACGAUCGCCAUGCUGGGUCUUUUGGCCGAGGAUGCACGGUCUGAACUUGAAGAGCUCCGAUUCCGCAUGGACCAUCUGUCCCAACAAGUCAAAGAAGCGUUCGUCGACAUGCGCAAGCAUCCCUACCGUUUACACGCGGCCUUUUUCCACCGCGGCGGCGCGGGAGGAGGUCACUACUGGGUCUACAUCUUCGAUCACAAGAAAGAAGUGUGGAGGAAGUACAACGACGACCGUGUGACGGUGGUGCUCAACCGCAACGAAAUCUUCGGCCAACCGGCACAAGACAACUGGGGACCUCCGCCCAACCCGUAUCUGCUGAUCUACAUCCGAGCCGACAGCAUCGACACGCUCGCCGAGACGGUGAAGAGAGAGGUUGUCUUCCCGCCGCCCGACCAGCCUCCACCCAUACCGGCCCGCACCCAGAUGAGCGCACUACCGCCCACCCAGUUCGGAGGAGACGGAGACGUGGAAAUGGUGGAAAACGUCACUUAUGACGGUGAGCAGACCCGGACCUCCGUCCAACCACCGCCUCAACCAAGCGUUCGGAAGGAAGGGGACUGGGAUGACUCGCAGCUGAUCUCGGACAGGCCGAUCACCUGGUGA